AUCAAUCCCCACCAAUUGCUCUCUCUCUCUCUCAUUUACUGAAGGACGGGUGAUGGCGACAGAGUCGAUCACGUGUGGUGGAGGCUCGCUCUGUCUCCGGCGCGAUCUGGUAAAUCUCCCAUUCCCGAUUCCACUCGGCCGCGACUCUGUAACUCGCUCCAAGCAGCGACUCGCCAUCUCUGUCUCAGCCAUGGCCAAACGCAGCCCCAAACGUCUCAAGUAUUCCGCUCCGCCUCGUAAGGGGGAUGGCAUGCUUUUUGUUGAAGUUGACCCAUUAGGAGCAGAGACGUGGAAAUUGGAACCAGUGAUCGAACUUCUAAAAGAUGGAGCAGUUGGGGUCAUUCCCACCGAUACGGUGUAUUCUAUUGUUUGCGACAUGAAAAGCCGUUUAGCCAUUGAACGUCUCCGCAGAAUCAAGGACAUUGAAACUUCAAAGCCCCUCAGUAUUCUAUGCCACACUUUUCGAGACAUUGAUACUUACACUAUGGGGUUCCCUCGUGGCAACGGCCAAGGUCAAACCAAUAUCUUUCGAGCUGUUAAGCACUGCUUGCCUGGACCUUAUACUUUCAUCUUACCUGCAAGCAAAGAACUGCCGAAACAGUGUACAAGGUAUGGGGCUGCCACUAAAUACACCUCAAGGAAAAAUGUUGGUGUUCGCAUGCCGGAUGACGCUAUCUGUCAAGCCAUAUUGGAAAAGCUGGGUGCACCUUUAAUAAGCACAAGUGUAAAGUGGCCAACGCAAGAUGAGUGGAUGAUAGAUCCUGUUAUAAUUGCUGAUAUUUAUGAACCUGAGGGCCUGGAUUUUGUUGUUGAUGGUGGCAUUAGAGUGGCAGAUCCAUCAACUGUAGUUGAUAUGACAGGAAGAUUUCCAACAAUCAUCCGUCAAGGAAAAGGGCCCAAACAGGAAUGGAUGAUUGUAACUGAUGAUGAAGUUGCUACCUCACAAAAGGGAGAGCUCCAUAUUUCCACCGCUGCUUAGUACGGUAGCAUUUAUUUCAUCCAUGGACCAUGGCACAGGCAGAGGCAGAGGCCUCUGUAAUUUUGAGUGGACGCUGGUGGUCCCGGAAAGAAAGUAAAGAAAAUUUACUGACUCUCUCUCUCUCUCUCUCUCUCUCUCUCUCUCUCUCUCUCUCUCUUUUUGUAUAUAUGACUUGUAAAUGCUUGUGAAAGGAUAUAAUGGUUUAAUUUGAUCUGGAAGUUGUAGACAUGUGCCUAAAUCCAAGGAAGAUAAAGAUGAGGUCGAAGAGCCUUUCCAACCUCAAA